CCAUGAAAACAGGCCACACCCCGGCGAUCCCGGCCCGUACCUGCCCAGUGCGCAGACGCGCGCGCCGUUCCGCGCAUGAGCAGUGCGGCUCGGAGCCCGCCAGCCCGUGUCUCCGGCGCCAGCUACGCCGCUGUGGCUGUCACUAUGGCCCAUUACAAAGCCGCCGACUCGAAGCGCGAGCAGUUCCGGAGGUACUUGGAGAAGUCGGGGGUGCUGGACACGCUGACGAAAGUGCUGGUAGCCUUAUAUGAGGAACCAGAGAAGCCCGCCAGUGCCCUGGAUUUUUUAAAGCAUCACUUAGGAGCUGCUACCCCGGAAAACCCAGAAAUAGAGCUGCUUCGCCUAGAAUUGGCAGAAAUGAAAGAGAAAUAUGAAGCUUCUGUAGAAGAAAAUAAAAAACUGAAAGCGAAGCUUGCUCAGUAUGAACCACCUCAGGAGGAGAAGCGUGCUGAAUAGGAUUCUUCUCAGUUGAAAAGACACUGAAAACUGGUUUUGUAUCACUUGAAUAGCUUGUAUAGUAUAUAAUCUUUCCUGAAAAGAUGCUAUAAACUUUUAAUAUGUUAAAUUCACUCAUCACAUAUGUUAUAAACACAUAUACAUAGAAUCACCAAUAAAAACUCAAUAUAACUUUCUUUGGGUCUUAAAGCAGGAGAAUCCAAAGUAGAUCAUGAAGAAAAGCUAAAGAGCCACAUAACUUUUCACUAAAAGAUGUUUUAUUUAUUAUCCAGUUAGGAAUGAUGGUACUGGUUAUAUUUUAGCUAGGAGAUUAGCAUGGAGCUGUCCCUUGGUUCAGAGUUGAACAGAGUAGGCACACUCAUUCUUGAAGUUCAUAUUUCCUGUAGACAGCUGCACACAGCUGUGAUGUAUGGUGCUUUGGCAUUGGUCCCCACGCAUCUUCCGCUCCUUUUAUAAUGUGGAACAAAUAACUCUUCUUCGCCACCACUUGCCUUAGAUAACUUUGUGUGUGCCAGUGUGAACUCUGACACCACAUUUUCUUUCUGUGCAAUCACGCCCAUCCGAUAAUGCUGCCUUGCUGUGUGUGUGCUUUAGUGUGUUCUGGUUGCAUAUCAGUCGGUUGUUUUCAGUUUGCUUAAUGCUGCAGUUACCUUGAUUGUAAUUUACAUAGCUUCCAACAGGACUACACUCUUACCUUGCCUUACUUCCUUCCGUAGUUGAGCACAGAAGAGAGAUAAUAUGAAAUUCUGGGUUCAUGCACAAGCUGGGAUAGGAAAGGCAAUGAGCCAUUAUGUCACAGAUGGUUAUAGUAUGUAAUUACAGGGACUUCUUUCCCCUCAAAGGUUAUUUUUUGAGCCUUGAACUCAUUUUAUCUUUAUUAUCUCCGGAAGUAGGUAGGACAAGUAAAGGUUGGGUGCUGAAUUUUUAGGCCAAACACUGCCACACAGGAUGUACUGCUAACUGUAGAACCCUGGGCAGGUCAGUUGCUGGCUUGGAGACUCACUGUGCUCAUCUGUGCCCUUUGCCGCCUACCUCACA